CAUUUCUUGUACCAACCUACUCCUAACCACAACCGAAGUUCUUUGUAUCAGGCUCCUAUAUAGACUGCUUUACCUCUACAAGUACCAUCAGCAUGCAUGAGGAAGAAAUAUAUACUUCUCUUCAGUGGGACAUUCCUACCUCAGAGACCUCUCAGAAGUGUCCGUCCCCUAGCAAAUGUUCAGGAACAUGGUGUAUUGUGACAAUGAUUUCCUGUGUGAUCUGUGUGGGCUUACUAGCAACAUCCAUUUUCUUGGGCAUCAAGUUCUCCCAGGUGUCCUCUCUUGUCAUGGAGCAGCAGGAAAGACUCAUCCAGCAGGACACAGCAUUGCUGAACCUCACACAGCAGCAGAGGAACCAUACACUGCAGCUGAAAAACUGCCAAGCCUCACUACAAAGAUCUCUCAGUUCAGGUAGUAACUGCAGACCUUGUCCACACAACUGGAUUCAGAAUGGAAAAAGUUGUUACUAUGUCUUUGAACACUGGGAAACAUGGAACAACAGUAAGAAGAAUUGUGUAAAAGAGGGCGAUAGUCUCCUUCAAAUAGACAGCAAAGAAGAAAUGGAGUUUAUUAACCACAGUAUGUGGAAGCUCAAAAGAGGAGGUCAAUACUGGGUGGGAGUGUUUCAAGAUGGACUCAGUGGAUCCUGGUUCUGGGAAGAUGGCUCCUCUCCUCUCUCUAACUUGUUGCCAAAAGAGAGACAGCUAUCAGCCACCCAGAUCUGUGGAUACCUCAAAGAUCAUACUCUCAUCUCAGAUAACUGCAGUAGCUGGAAAUAUUUUAUCUGUGAGAAGAAGGCAUUUGGAUCCUGCAUCUGAAAGAUACAACUCAAAGCUACCUCUGUUACACAAGUGUCUGAAAGAGGCCAAGGAGCAAAUGCAGGAGGAGAUUGGUGUGAGACCUAUGAAGGCAAACUUGCGUUUCAUUUACACUUGGCAAUAUUCUGUAAUGCUUUGCAGAUUUCAGUUGACCUUGUUCAUUGUACCAAGGAGGAAAUUGAUUUAGAACUACAGAAGGCCUGACUCAUUGAG